AUGGACGGCCAGAGCUCGCCUUUCAACGGCACUUCGCAACGUCGCAGGCUCGUCAAGAAACCUCCUCCCUCCUCCUCCACAGCCGCCGCCGCCGCAGCCUCGUCCUCCUCCUUCCACCAGCACCACCAGCACCACCACCACACGCACCACCACGCCUACGCCCGCUCCUCAUCCGGCUUCGACGCCCAGUCCAUCGACAGCCAGCGCAGCUCCCAGAGCCUGCGGCGUGCCCCGAGCGCUCCGCCCGUGCGGUCCUCCGCCUCAAACACGUCCAACAACAGCUCCUCCUCCCCCCGACACCCGCCCGCCGCACAGUGGUCCUCGAACCCGUCCCCCGUCCUCCAGCAGGGAGACUUUGCCGGUGCCGGUGCCGCCGCCUCCUCGUCGUCGACAACGUCGCCACCGUUUGGCAUCGCCAACUCCGGCAGCGCCUACACCGCAUCCGCCACGCCGCUGGCCCAUCGUCCGAACCGCCUCUCUGACCCUCACCUCCGCCGCCUGAGUCAAAAGGCAUCCGACGACUUCAUCGGCGCGCCUUUCGACGGCGCCGCCAUCCUGAGCCGCAUCGAGGCCACCAAGAUCUCGAGCCCUCGAUCCUCAUUUCAGCGACCCCCCAACGCCGCCCCGCCCCCUCUCCUCAAGGCUGGCACCGACUCUCGCCUCGCGAGCCCCGCCCUCCGCUCCUCGGUGAGCUUCAGCAACAUGGACCCCUCCAUCGUGGAAAAGGUCCAGGGCGGCCGGGUCCCAGACUCCCAGGUCACCAGCCCCAAGCGGUAUUCGGACGAGGGUAAGGAUGCCAAGCCCGGCGUCCUUCGCAAGAAGUCGGGCUUCUCUGCCAUCGUCAACAGCCUCGUCGGGUCUCAGAAGAAGCCCGUCAUCUCCGCGCCCGAGAACCCCGUUCACGUCACUCACGUCGGCUACGACAGCGCCACGGGGCAAUUCACGGGCCUGCCAAAGGAAUGGCAACGAUUAAUCAACGAGAGCGGCAUCCCCGAAAAGGAGCGACGCGAAAACCCCCAGACCAUGGUCGACAUCCUGCAGUUCUACAAGGAGACGCAAGAGCGGCCGCCCGAAGACCAGAUCUUGGAGAAGUUUCACCACGCAGGCACCGCAGACAUGCGGGGAUAUGCCACGCCCCCCUCGAACCCGACCUCUCCCGCCAUGUAUCCCACAAACUAUAUGGGGAGCUUUGAGAACCCUCGGCCACCUCCCCCCGUGCCGACGAGCAGAAACCAGGGCCUGGGCAUCGCCGGUAAGGACAUGAUGCCCAACCGCCCGGCACCGAAACCGCCCGUGAGCAUGAACAACCGGCCGUUGCCCCCAAGCGCGUACACGACCAAGGACUCGGGCAUCGGCAUGUCUCAGCCCCCCGACGACGUCUCGCCGGGCGGCUUCGGCCAGGCUAAGGAGGCCCCCAUGCUUCCCGAGGAGCACCGAUCGCGAUCCAACUCGCGCGCCAACGGGCAGUCGCCAUAUAGCCCGCCGACGCCGCAGAUGACGCAGGCCGCGCAGGCGACGGCAUACCAGCAGCAGCUGAUGCAGCAGCAGCAGGAGCAGGCCUUGGCGCAGGCGCAGGCGGCCAUGUCAGGCCACGUUGGCCGCGCGCCUAGCAAGCGUCAGGCGCCUCCGCAGGCCGUCCCGAGCCCGCAUCAUGCACCGCAGUACGCGCGGACGCCUGAGCACAAUGGCCACCCGGGCUCCCGCCGGCAGCCUAGCCCCGGCGGCGUACCUGGAGCCAGGCCGCGACACCGGCCUCGACAGAGCAACGGCAUCGACGUGGUGGCCUCGCUCAAGCGUAUCUGCAAUGAGGGCGACCCGCGGGAGAUCUUCCGCGGCUUCACUAAGAUUGGACAGGGCGCGUCCGGCGGCGUCUUCACAGGCUACGAGCGCGGCACGAACCGCCUCGUGGCUAUCAAGCAGAUGAACCUCGAGCAGCAGCCCAAGAAAGACCUCAUCAUCAACGAGAUCCUGGUCAUGAAAGACAGCUCGCACCCCAACAUUGUAAAUUUCAUCGACAGCUACCUGUGCGGCGGCGAGCUGUGGGUCGUGAUGGAGUUUAUGGAGGGCGGCAGCCUGACGGACGUCGUCACAUUCAACAUCAUGACCGAGGGGCAGAUUGCGUCGGUAUGCCGAGAGACGCUCAAGGGCCUGCAGCACCUGCACUCUAAAGGCGUCAUCCACCGCGACAUCAAGUCGGACAACAUUCUGCUUUCCAACGAGGGCAGCAUCAAGCUGACUGAUUUCGGCUUCUGCGCCACAAUCAACGAGGCCCAGAACAAGCGAACGACCAUGGUGGGCACGCCCUACUGGAUGGCGCCCGAGGUGGUCACGCGCAAGGAGUAUGGCCGCAAGGUGGAUAUUUGGUCGCUCGGCAUCAUGGCCAUCGAGAUGAUUGAGGGCGAGCCGCCGUACCUGACGGAGUCGCCCCUGCGUGCGCUGUGGCUGAUUGCCACCAAUGGUACGCCGCAGAUCAAGAACGAGCAGGACCUCUCGCCCGUCUUCAAGGACUUUCUCUACUUUGCGCUCAAGGUCGACCCGGAGAAGCGGGCGAGCGCUCACGACCUGCUGAGGCACGAGUUCAUGAAGCAAUGCGUCGACCUGGGCCAGCUGGCGCCUCUCGUCCGAGCCGCGCGCGAGCAGCGAGCCCAGGAAAAGGCCAGGAAGCAGUAG